AUGACGACCACAUCGAUCUCAAAGGCCGAGAGAUCGUACAUCCAAACCUCAUUACAUGCAAAGUCUCCUUUUCGAGCAGACGGGCGGGCUCUUCUUGAUUACAGAACUGUCUUACUGGAAACCGGUGUUGCGCCUCUUGCCAAUGGAAGCGCGAAGCUAAAUAUCGGGAAGAGCCUUCACGAAGGGGGUGGAGGGACAGAGGUGCUUGCUGCGGUUAAACUUGAGGUGGAGAACGUUGAGCAGGACAAUGGUGUCGACGGUGGAAGGAUUACAUGCUCAGUGACAUGCUCCCCCGCUGCGUAUCCACAUCUUUCUUCCAAUGCCCUCGAGGACCUUCAGUACGACCUCACUACGCUCCUGCAUCAAACGCUCUCUCACCCUUCCCUGCACCCGCAAAACCUCGGUAUUCUGCCCAAUAAAAAGGUAUGGCUUCUCAGCCUUGACCUUGUGAUACUAUCGGAUUCUGGGAACGUUUACGAUGCGCUUUUUAUGGCUGCCCGAGCCGCGUUGUGGGAUACAAAAGUUCCGCGAACCCGCGCCUUACAGUAUCAUGCGCAUAGAUCUGUUUCCAGCGCGGUGGCGACGGACGAUAUGGAUAUCGACGAGGGGAAAGUUGGCGAGGGAACCGUGAGUGGAUUCGAUACGCGAAAGAUGGCCAGCGCAGCAGCAGACUUCGAGCUCCCAGAUUACUGGGACGAGGGAGAAGUACUUGGGAUGAGAGACCGGUGGCCAGUAUCUGUGACGAUGAAUAUCCUACCGUCCGUACAUUUCUUGGAUGCUACUUCUGCGGAAGAAGCAUCUGCACCCCUACAAUUAUUAUUAGUCUUCUCCUUCUCUCAAGACUUUCAAUCUAAUUUGCAAGCUGUUCGUCUACUGGGGCCCGGGGAGAUCAAAUUGGCUCAGAUGAAGACUUUACUAUCGGAGGGUGAGAAAUAUGCCCACGAGCUAUUUACAGCAUUGGAGGCAAAGUUGCGUGAAGAAGAUGUGCGGAGAAAUGUGAAGGCCAGAGAUAAGUUUGCGGUGCGGUAG